AUGGCCGGAGUUCAGCGGAAUCCAUUUUCGAAUUGGACGGAUCAACUCGAUCUGCCAGGCACGGAGCGCAACAGCUUCGACACUGCGGCGGCCUCUGUGGGUCUGUCCCCUGUUCUCCCCCGGGAGGAACGGGCCGUACCUCCCUGGCGCCAGAAUUCGCAGGGCCAGUUGGGUCUGAGUGGUCUCCCUGAUCCCUCAUACCGGUCGCCCUGGGGUUCGCAGACCGUUACCACGCGUGCGGAUGAAAAACUGCCUCAAUCGCCCCAGCCUUUGGUGCCGGACCAGUAUCUGAGUGUGAGCCAACGGCUUCCACCAGCUCGUCGCUCGCCGUCGCAGGGUGGUUUCACUGCCCCCUACGAUCCGUUCGGUGUCGUAAAGGCCGAAAACGUGGGCAACCCUACAGCUCCGCAAGAACGUCUCAACUUGAACCUUUCGGCAUUGGUUCCGCUCCCCGAUGACAGCAUGAAUGCCAUGCCAUCGGCCCAAUUUCACGAUAACAGCAUGAAUGCCCUUCCAUUGGCCCCACCGUGGUGGGAUGAGAGCACUAUGGUCGGUCCAUUGGCUCCGGUCCUCGAUGUCGGCACCACUUUCGUGCCUACUACGCCAAGCCAUAACCCUGGAAUUGUGGCCCGCCGGGGGCUCAUCGUGGAGAACAUUCCCCGAAACACCCCCCAUGCCAAUGUGAUGGCUUUGUUUCCCCGAUCUAAGUAUGAUUCCGUUGAAGGGGUUAAUACCUCCCAACUGGGAUCCACUGGCCGGGUUUCCAUUAUUUUCGCCGAUCUUCUUGAGGCCAUAAAUGCCUUUCGCCGGAUUGGCCGUGCCUGGCCGCACUGCGAGGUACACUAUGCGACUAUUGGGGAGAUCGUGGACGCUGGUCUCAUGGGACCGAUCAUCAGUGACACGGUGCAGGAGAAUGGACAGGUUGCCAUCAUCGUCAACAUUGACGCUCCGUCGCCGAGGGGCCACUUUGAGUCUGGCAUCGAUAACCUGGUCACCAGGGUCGCAGAAGCCUUUGGGGGUAUUCGCUAUUGCAACCGCUUGACUGUGGACCACGCUACCACGCAUGAAUUCCGGGUUGAGUUCCUCAAUAUCCAUCAUGCUGUGUAUGCCCUGGUGUCUCUGAACGGCAUGGAGCUGGGCGAUUACCGGUUCAAGAUCCACAUUCCUCCACAGAAUCUGGUGAAGAUUCGGGCUCGGAGGUCUCAUCCACCUACUAGUCCAGUGACUCCUUUCAAGAGUUCCCCCCAUGACACUAUGGACAUGGCCCUAAGCUCCCCGGAGCUUUUGACUGUCGAUAACCGUCAUAGAAUUGACAUUGCCCGAAUUAAGUCGGGAGAGGACACACGCAGCACUAUUAUGAUUCGAAAUGUCCCAAACAAGUACACUGGGACUUCGUCCAUCACUGCAAGUAAGGCUGUCUGUUCUUUGCGCCUAACCUUUUCUCUGCUCACCUUUUUUUUUUCUUACAGCGUUGGAUAUGCGUUUGUGAAUUUCGGUGACCCUCAAGAUAUUCUGAUAGUGAGUGCUCGCCUUUGUGAGCUGGGUCACAACGUACUGACUGGUUGCAGCUGUGGAACUGGAUCAGCGGGAGGGAAUGGUGAGAUACUUUGGCCGAACAACUAUUGCACACAUUCGCUGACAGCAUUUCACAGGCCCGAUAGCACUUCGGAAAAGAGGGCUCAACUUUCUUAUGCCACCACUCAGGGACUUGAUGAGUUGAUUGCCAAGUUCCGUAACAGUGCUGUUAUGUUGCGCCCUGCUGAAGAGCGCCCCAGCGGCUUUUCAACACUCGCAACCGAGGAAUGCCUGGACCGUCCCCUCGGAACCGGGCUCCCCUUAGCGGUUCUCCCCGCACACGCCGCAGCGGCAAUCCUACUGCGAUUUCCCCCCGUGUGUCCCGAGAAGGAUGCGGAUCCCGUACCGCCACUGGAUCCCGGACGGGUAAUGGUGCGUCUCCUCCGGAUGGUCGCCAACGUGGCCGGACUGUGGGGGCUCUGCAGACGGGCCAGACCUCGCCUCCUCUGGUAA